AUGGAGGUCUUCUACUUCAACUCCUCCAUCCUCUACAUCCAUAAGCCAUCGAACAACAGCGUUGGGGGCAGUGAUAUUACCGUGUACGAAGGAUGUAAACACAUGCCUGAGGUCCUGAUCUUUUACUUGACCAUGCAGUUCAUCAACAUGUUCCUGGGGAUCCCUGCUAACCUAAUGGUGCUGUGGCUCCUGCACAAGAACAAGGGGGACUCAUCAAGCUCCGACAUCUUCAUCCUCCACCUGGCCAUCCUGGAUACCUUCUUCUGCCUCAUCCCACCCCUGGAAUUUGCCAACAUAGUCUUCCUCACCACUAGCAGCACCUGGUAUGUACUGCGCUUCUUCUAUGGGGUGAAAGACUCUUCUCCACUCUUCCUCUCCUGCAUCUGUCUGGACCGCUACAUGGCCGUCCUGCACCCCAUCACCUUCACCGAGCUGAAGGACCGAAGCCACCGCACGGUGUGUGUUGCCGUGGUGUGGCUGGUCACCCUGAUUUACGCUGUAGCCAAGUGUGUGGGCAACAUCCCCAACUUCGAGAAGGUCUUCACUGUCCUGAUCCUGGCAGCUUUUGCCUUCAUGCUCUUCUGUAACGUGGCCAUCCUGCACGCACUCCGCCAGUCAGGCCCCGGCCGCGAUGAGAUGCACCCCGUCAAGAAGAGGGCCUUCAAGAUGGUGCUCAUCAUCCUGGCCAUCAUCGUCUUCAACUACUUCCCACCUGUAGCGCUCUUUCCCUUCCAGGAGUACUUCACUGCAGAUGUUUUCACCUGCUAUAUACACUACAUAGCCUUCGGUUUCAUGGACAUCAGCAGCAGCAUUCAGCCCCUUCUCUACCUCUCACGCGAGAUUCCCAGGGUCCUUUGUUGCUGCCGUAAGGAUCCAGACUCAGGAAACUCCACUGAUCCAAGCUGA